AUGCUUUUGGACUGGAAAAUGAGGAGAUGUUACACGCUGUUUAUCGGGCUGAUGUUUUCCGGUGUUUUCGCUCUAUUUCUUAUGGCGAAAAGAGAAGCAGAACACUCCAGCAGAAACUGGAUUCUAGAUGAGGAGGAAAUAGCAUACUGCGAAUGGAAAAUGAUGCAUGAUCCAGCCAUGCGACAGCAGUCAUCAAAUCACGAAAGAUGGAAUGUCUCGUUACUCCUAAGCCUCGGCUUACUGGCUCCCAAGACCUCAUAUGGUUUUAAUGGCUCUUCGAUGAUAUACCCAGAUGACAAACAGAUUUGCCGUGAAUACGACGGCCAAAUGACAUCUCAACUCACUUUGAAGAGAAUUCUUGGGCAGCUAUCAUCCAAUGCAGAUUCCUGGUGUCAAACGUUGCGUAACGUAACUGGCCGUGUGAGUUCCUGUUACGAUCUCAACAGCAAUUUGGAUGAGUUCCUGACUAGCGAGCAUAGUUUGAGCAAAACGUGGCAUUGUUUUCAUCCGUCGGAAACCAAGAGCCAGACAUUGACGACUCUGCAAAUCUAUCAAGCAAUUCGACUGAAAAGAUUUUCAACGAAGGAAACUGUGGUUAUACCUGUGCCGGAAGACAAUUUAAUCGGGUUGCCAAAUUCAACGUUAAUUUUCCGUCUUUUUUUCUUAAUUGGAGGUCUUGAUCCCCCAGAGAUUUACACUUUUAAUGGUGGACUACUCUUGCUAGACCAGGAAAAUUCGUUCAAACAAUUUGGCUGCUCAGCUCUUCAACAGGUUUGUGACUCAGCCGCAAGGUGGAUUCAACUAGUUUUAAACCACGUGGAAAAGUCGCCCCAGGUUCACGAAUUCAAACUGCUUCCUCGAGAUGGAAAAGUAUCUCAGAUUAUUGCUGCAGAUUUCAUACGCACGCCUUCAGAUACCGAAUUAUUGCGUAUUCACCACGACGUACAUCGCCUACGUACGAAAUCCACCCCCCAUUUCCUCCAUCUGCUUUUACAUAAGACCAUUAGCAUUGCUGUCCGUUUCCUUUCUGUUCGACGUUUCUAUCCGGCUACCAAAUUCGGCUCAGCCUUGAAUGAACACCUUUAUGAUGAAAGGGAAAUAUUUGGCCUUAUUCACAGUCUUGUCAUCAACCCUUUCAUCAAACUGGAGCCUACCUUUCAUUCGAGAUGGACUCACUACAGUGCAACUGUUCCCUAUGAAAUGACUUGGCUAAAUCUGCAAGUGUUUUUGAAUGACCAUGCUACAUAUGCUCUUGUGGAAAAUCAAAGGGCCAAGAGUUUCAAAAUCAGUAUCGGUCUGGGAUGGAAUGAUUUCAAAAUAGAAAUUGGCAACAAAGACACACGGAUAAGGUCCAUCACCUACAUUCUCAGAAUAAGACGCCUACCCAGAGAAGAUAACCCAAUUCCAUUUUGUGCCAACAAUCUAACUGUUUGCAUCCUGGAACAAGAAUGCAGUCUCAAGUUUAAGGAGAAGGCAGAAUGCGGAUUGCAGGCAUCACCCUUCGGCAACUGGAACUCGGCUUUGACCGAUUGGGACCGGCUGCCGACUUGCCCGUUUGGCAACACAGAAGAAGGCGCCUGGAUGAUCCCCUGUUCGUCUUGCCUUCUGGAACGAUCCUGUUAUUGGAGCCGUGCUCGCUGGCAGCCGUUUGAAUGCCGCCAUCCUCAUUAUAGCCCGUCCAAAGUGAAACAGUGUCUGCUACAUCGCAAGUUGAUAUUUGUUGGUGACUCGACGAACCGUGGAAUGAUGGAAUCGCUGCUGGAACGGCUAGACGGUUGGCUAACGACGUCCGACAGGACAAAGUGGCACGGUUAUCGCCACCGUCUUGCCAACACUGGCGGGCAGACACAAUUCGACUUUGAUUAUUAUCCAAAAUUCUGGAUGUCUUCGAGGACUUCGCUUGAACAGACGCUCACCCACAUGCUCCGGAGGGUAGCCGCCAAUGAAAGUGACACGACCCUGAUUAUUGGCGGAUUAGACUGGAUGUCUGUCGAGCAUUUUGAAACGAUCCAGCGAGUCUUGGCCGCCGAAGGUUUAUCACGGAUGGCGGUAGUAAUCAAAAUGGCGGGCGCCGGUCAAUCAGACGUGACAGCAACACAUGGCGAAAAAGGGCUCGUCUCGACCGCCCGUCGACUAGCCCGCUUGUCGCAGACGGCCCGUCUCCACUACGGUUUCCGCACUGUCGACACGUGGAACAUGACGGUCGCCAAAUUCCGCGAUUUUCUGCCGGGACGGUGUCGCUGCCAUUUCCAUCAGAUCACGGAAGUGGCUGGCGAUUCGUCUGAUGCGGAUGCGAUCAACCUCGAUUCUUCAAGUGGCUCAUCCCCUCGUCGAUUCAGCAUUGACGGGUCCAUCAAUCAAGUCUACACGGAGAUCCUUGCUGAUCAAAUAUGCCGUAGAUGACAGCAUAUACAAUUUGAAGAAGAUUGUUUGGGAUAAUCUAGUGCAGUCUUUCAUGAUCAUGCUAUCCGUCGGAUAUUUACAUCGAGUGCCGUGAUUCAAAUCCAGUGAACGUUUUCUAAAAGGAAAUUCAGCCAAUUUUUUGAAGAAAAAACAAACUAGUGCGUGUGUGAUUCAGUGUGUGUGUGUGUGUGAGGGACGCAAAUCGUUUUGGAAUCCAUAAU